AUGGCGUGCAAGGUGUACGUCUGCCAGAGCAACGACUGCUCCGAGAAGGGCUCCGCCAGCCUGCUGCGCGACAUCGAGGAGAUGUGCGUGGGCAGCGGCAUCGAGGUGGUCGUCGGCUCCUGCCUCAACCACUGCGGCAAGGGUCCCAAUUGCGAGAUCCAGUUCUCCGGGAAGAAGGCGGGCAAGCCCAAGGUUGUCGAGGGUGUCAGGACGUUCAAGGCUACGGAGCAGCUGGUCAAGAAGGAGCUCGGCGUGGACGUGAACAAGCUGCACCGCCACGUCGCGGAGCUGAAGUACGAGGCGCGGCGCGACCCAAAGCACGAGGUGCGCCUGCAGAAGAUCGCCGGCGCCUUCAAGGUGCUAGGCGGCGAGGACGCCGCGGCCCGCAGGGAGGCACGGCUCGCGGGCGACCUCUUCGCGAUGCGGGCCCGCGAGGUCGUAGGAACGGACGCCGCCGCGGCACAGAAGGACGCGGAGCUGGCCGUGGCCACGGUCUCGGACUUCGCGGGGGGGUACACCGCGCUCUCGCUGGCGCAGGAGGCACAGCAUCUGUGGGAGUUGGCCCUGGAGAGCGCCAAGAAGGCCAUCGACAUCGCGCACGGCGGUUCGGACGUGAAGCAGGCUUUUCAGCUGCAGAAGCGCCUGGAGAAGAAGAUCAAGGAGAUCCAGCUCCAGGAGCAGAAGAAGAGAGAGGACGAGCGCACGGCAAAGGAGGCGGAGGAGCUGAAGAAGAAACAGGCCGAGGAGCAGAGUUCGAGGAAGGAUUCGAAGGACGGCGCCAAGGGCACCCCGGGCCCCGCGGCGGCGAAGGCGAAGGCCAGGCCGGGCACGUCGAAGUCUGCGGGCGCGAAGGCCAAGGCGAGGGCGCAGAAGAAGGCCGCGGCCAGGUCCGCAGGGGCAGAGGAGGCGCGGCGCACGGCCACCGAGGAUCAGGCGAAGGCCGAGGCCGAGGCGGAGGAGAAGGCGAGGCGGGAGGAGGAGUCGCGCAAGAAGGCCGAAGAGGAGCGGAUCCAGGCCGAGCAGGAGGCGGCGGACCAAGAGGCAAAGAUGGCCGAGGCCCGCGAGGCAGAGGCAAGGGCCAGGCAGUUGAAGGAGGCCGAGGAGACGCUCGCGCGUGAGCGGAAGGCCCGCGAACGGUCCACGGAGGCAUUCCGUGCGAGAGUGAAAGCGGAGAAGGAAAAGAGGAGAACGAGUUCUUGGUUUGCCUGCUGUGCGCCAGAGCACACAAACAAGACGGUGGUCACCUGUUCGGAGGGCCACCAGCUGAAGCCCCGUGUGUCCACGGCGCCCGUCCACACUUGCGCGGUGUGCGACAAGCAGAUGCCUGUGAAUUCCGUGGUCUAUAGCUGCGUACCUUGCCGUUACAACGAGUGUCCCGAUUGUUAUCUCCACAAGUUGAAGGAUGACGAGGGAGCCGACGCGACCCAGGUGGCCAUGGCCGAGAGUGCCGUCUGA